AUGUCUAUCUCAAGUGAAAUACCUAAAGUUUCAACAUAAACAAAAACUAUUACCUCCUUUCCUUUACCAACCAGAUCUCUUAUUAAAAGAAAUAAGUAAUAAAAGUUUUAAGUCAUUUUGAAAAACUCUCUAGGAAAGUAAACAAUUAAAAAGAAAUUCAAACGUAAAAGACUCUUUUCUGGAUCAAAACGUACUGUUGUUAACUAAAGAGGUCGAAUCCCACUGUCUGAAACUUUUACCUUAAGUGAAGAUCGUUUAAUACUCUCUUCUGUAAUUAAAUUAGGACCUAAAUUCAAAGUGAUAUCCUCCUAUUUUCCAUAAAAGACAUUAAGCACUGUCAAAAAUCGUUACUAUAAGUAUUUAAGAUAUCGUUGGACUCAAAUUAUGGGCAAGUAAUAUUGUUUACAAACAUAUAAGGGAUUUUGAAAGUUUGAUCAAAGAAAACUAAUAAAUUAUAAAAUAAGAUGAUGAAAUUGUAGAAACAGCAGAACUAUUCCCAGAAGUCAAAGAUAUAUUGAAAAAUAUGAUCACAAAUAUCAAAUCUUUAAUUUCAUCGUGA